AUAAUUUCAUAUAUUUCCUAAUGGAGAAAAUAGAAACUAAUCUCGAAGAAGAAACAAAAGAGAAGGACCCAGCUGCUGAUAGUAACAGCAUCAGAGAGUCCAACCAGAAUGAAUCAGAUACCAAUAAACCAAGAGAUCCAGAAGUGGACACAGACGAAGGAGAUAUGGUAAAAGAUGAAUUUGUGGUCAGCCUCGGCUAUUACAAAGGUGAUUAUGAGAAAAGUCUGGAGUAUCGAGAAAAUAUCUUAGUCAGAGAUGUAGACAAUAAGCUCAUGCCUGCCUGCAAAACUUCAAAUUAUAAGUUUGGGAACUAUGGAGCAGGAGUGUAUCUGUACUUUGAGUAUCUUAAAUUCCUCUCAAUAGCUUUUGCCAUCAUGAGCAUUAUAAUGCUGCCAUCUUUGAUUUGUAACUUAAUCGGGGACUAUUACAACAGUGAAACUGGGACGUUAUUUGAUUUUACAACUCUGGGAAAUCAGAAAGGAUACGUUAGUGGCACCUCAGAUUCUGAUUCACUAAAAGUUGAUGAUGACAAUGAAGCUUCUAGAGCUUUAACUAUCACUAGUGAUGUUAUAAACACAGUCGCAUUGUAUAUCUUUCUGAUGGUAUUCAACGCAGUAUCACGACACAAAAUGAUAGACCUAAUGAAGCGUAAGCAGACACCAUCGGACUACUCUAUCUACGUCACUGGAUUCCCCGAUGACUCAUGCUCAGAAGAGGACAUUCGUGAGUACUUUUCUAAGUAUGGAGAAGUCCUUGAGAUAGUUUUCGCAAGACGCUUUGGGAAAAUGAUGAAAGGAUACAUGGCACAGGAUAAAAUCAAUAAGAACAUUAAGAAGAGAGAAAUCCAGGUCAAGGUCGAGGCUGAGAAGGAUGAAAGCCUCAGCGUCUUAGAAGCCGUUAAGAAUGAUAAGAAGUUACAAAAACUUGUGAAGAAAGAUAUUAAAAUGGAACAAGAGCUUAGAGAGAAGUAUCCAAAGAUAAAGUGCAUCGAGGACGUACCCUCUAUUGGAGCCUUUGUAGUAUUUAAUAAGUCUGAAGAUGCUAUUACCUGCCUCAAGGCACACAGACUUAAUUAUACUAAGCUGAGGCAGGAUGAAAAGGAAAAGAUUAAAGGGAAAUAUAAAGCUAAGGUGAUCCAAGCUGACGAACCCAGCAACAUUUUAUGGGAGAAUUUAGAAGUCUCAUAUCUCGAAAGUUUUCUCAGGUCCUUAGUGGUCAUCCUGAUUGUUAUUGUCCUUCUCGUAGGAACCCUAUGAGCUGUUUAUGGACUGAGAGUGUACCAAGAAAAGAUUCCAGUAGUAACAGCUUGAGAGCAAUAUGAUAAUUUAACACUUGGGACUGUAGAUCAUAAUAACAAAGAUGCUCUCGACUGUGUAUGCCAGAUGAAGGGAUUGGUUACCAUAAUAUUCACAAGUUCAAUCAGAAAAGAUUGUCAGGAGUAUAUGGAAAAUGAGAUCUUUAGAUAUUUGGUCAAUAUUGCUGUUGCUUUGUUAGUUAGUGUGAUCAACAUACUUAUCAAGAUAUGUUUCAAUGUACUAUCAAAGUUUGAGAGAUACAAAGCUGUAACUCAUUUAAAUGGAGCUAUCAUGAGGAAGACCUUCAUUUCAACCUUCAUUAAUAUGGGCCUGCUAUACCUUUUGAUUAAUGCUAAUUUUAGAAGUAGUGGAUUUGUUAGAACUAUCGCCAGUGGGCUCCCUGGAGGAAAGAAGUAUUUCUUCAAUGGGGAUUACGACGAUUUGAACAGAGACUGGUAUAGUAAAGUUGCUAUUAGUAUCAUUGUUCUUUCUCUUACAAACUUAGUCUCAGUUGUCAUUGGAGCUGCCAUCAAUGAAACCAUUAAUUGGAUUAAACGGAAAUAUUUUGCUAAAAGACAAACUCUACAACAUGACAUGAAUGCUUGUAUGGAUGGUAACGUUUUUACUAUUUCUACAAAGUACUCUACAACUCUUGCUUUGAUCUUUGUCACGAUCAUCUACUUCGGACCUGUGCCUCUUUUGGUAGUGAUCUGCUGAAUGUAUCUCACCACUAAUUAUUGGCUUGACAAGUUCAUAUUUGUAAGAUUUUGUAAAAUUCCUCCUUACACUGGGCCUUCAAUGCACAUCUCUGUUCUUCGGUACUUACCAAUAUCCUUAAUGUUGCACUGUAUCUUCUCAAUGUGGGCUUAUGGCUCACCUGAGGUAUACCCAGAUGGGUUCUAUGCUGAUGGGACCAACUCUGAUGGCUAUACUAUCUACAGGCCCAACGAUAGGAACUUUGGAGAGAGAUUAACAAACAAGAAUUCUCUUAUUUUCUUCAUCUUGUUCAUCCUCUUCGUUAUCGCUUAUAUUUUUGAGAAUAUUAUUCAUCGUAUCAUCAUGAGAGUUCUUAAGCCCUCAAACGUGGUUGAUGUAGCCCAGAAAACCUUUAAAGAAGCUGAGCCUAUAAUGAAAGAAUGGACGGUUACUUCAUACCAGCCUCAUAUGAAUUUGAAGUAUGAUAAGAUUUUAAAGGCAAUGCUCGAUGUGGCAGAAGUUAAUCCUGAUAUUCAUGAAUCUGAGGAAGAGAAGUUAGAUCAUAAUUCUAAAUCUGACUCGCAGCAAAAUCUUGUUCAAGAGAAUGCCUGGCCUGAAAAUGGUCAGCCCUAGAUUUCAGAGCGGUCUGGGACUAGGACAGUUAUCCAUGCUGGUAACUG